GGGAGUUUUAAUGUUCGUCAAGAAAAAGUUCGUACUAGCUUAGUUAACUGGAGUCAUAGAAUCUCUCACUCUGCUCUGUAGGAUUUCUCUCUGAUCGCUAGCUUUUGCAUUUCUUUUGGUGCUGCGCUGAAUCUAAUCUCCAUCCCUCUGUGGAAAGAUGGGAAAGCACGUGGUUUCUGACGCGGAAGGUCAGGCUAAAAAGGCCCUAAAAUUUACCCUUGUUUGGCCUGAUAGUUCUCUGAAAUGGGCUCUUGUUUUGUUCAGAUGAGGUCGAGUACGAAGGCGAAGAAGACCGGGAACCCGUUGAGGGGGAUGCCGUCGAGGGUCGAGAUGACGAUGAAGAGGAUGAAGAUGAUGAAGAAGGGCAAGAUGAAUAUGAAAAGGAUGGAUUUAUAGUAGAUGAUGUUGAUGAAGAGGAGGAAGAAGAAGAGGAAGAGAGGGCUGACAGUGAUGAGGAGAGGCAGAAAAAGAAGAAGAAAAGGAAGAAAAAGUAAAUUUUUUUCUACCAUGACCUUUAAAUCUUUGGUGGAAUGCUCAAAAUUCUCAAAAAGAAAAGGAGGGAUAUUUCUGAGUUGUCUGACAGACUGCAUGAAGGUGACAUUCUCACAUGCAAGAUUAAAUCAAUUCAGAAGAACAGAUAUCAGGUGUUCCUAAUUUGUAGAGAGAGUGAGAUGAGAAAUAACCGACACCAGCAUGUUCAAAACCUAGAUACAUACUAUCAUGAAGACAGGAGCAACCAUCAGAGUGAGCAGGAAAAAGCUCAAAAAGAAAAGGAGCUUGCCAAGGAACAUUUUAAGCCACGGAUGAUUGUUCAUCCUCGAUUCCAGAAUAUAACAGCUGAUGAAGCAAUGCAGUGUUCAUCUGACAAGGAUCCUGGUGAAAGCAUCAUUCGUCAUAGUUCUUGUGGACCUUCUUAUUUAACACUAACUCUCAAAGUUUAUGAUGGAGUGUAUGCCCACAAGGACAUAGUUGAAGGUGGAAAGGAACAUAAGGACAUCACAAGCUUGCUUCGUAUUGGGAAAACUCUGAAAAUUGGGGAGGAUACUUUAGGUGAUGGACCGAUAUGUUGAUCCCUUAGUGACCUAACUAAAGGCAAUGCUUAGCUAUCGCAAGUUUAGAAGGGGCACUAAAGCAGAAGUUGAUGAAAUCCUAAGGAUUGAGAAAGCAGAGUGCCCAACAAGGAUUGUUUAUUGUUUUGGCAUAUCACAUGAACAUCCAGGUACCUUCAUUCUAACAUACAUACGAGGUACAAAUCCACACCAUGAGUACAUUGGUCUGUAUCCCAAGGGAUUCAAGUUUCGUAAGAGGAUGUUUGAGAACACUGAUCAGCUUGUGGCAUAUUUUCAGAGGCAUUUUGAUGAUCCACAGCAUGAUUCAGUACCUUCAAUUAGAUCAGUUGCUGCUAUGGUUCCAAUGCGAAGCCCUGCCACUGGGGGCUCUUCUGCAGCAUCAGCUGGUGGUGGCUGGGGCGGUUCAAACAAUGAUGGUGGCUGGAGAGGCCAGUAUGUUGACAGGGAUCGUUCUUCUAUGCAAGGUUCAAGAGCAGGCCGAAAUGAUUACAGGGAGGGAGGUAACCGAGAUGGGCAUCCAAAUGGGCUUCUACGACCAUAUGGUGGUGGUGGGCGUGGUCGAGGUUCAUUCAACAACAGGGGAAUAAUUCUAGCAAUGAUCCAGGAUUCUAGUUAUGGUACAUGGUACACCCAAAUGUGUUUCAGGCACAAAGAAUGGCGAUGAUGGGUGGACCAACAUUUUUCCUGGUGCUAAAGUUCAAAAUCCAGCUGGCAGGGAAUCUUUCCUAGGUGGUUGAGAGAGUGGUAGAAGUGGAAAUGGUGGUGGGGGUAGCAGUGGUUGGGGUGGAGGUAGUAGGCGGCAGUGACAAUACUGGCUGGGGAAGGUAGUACGGACAACAAAGAUUCUGGGUGGGGCAGUUCUCAGAAAGGUUUAAACAAUUUUGGUCUGGAGGAGGUGGUGGAGGUGGUUGGUAAAGUUUUCAACUUUGACACUACCACCAUAUCUAGCUUCCAAUCCUCUAAUGGAUUUUGGAAGCCAUAGUUUAGAAUGGUAGCUUCUCUCUUAUUGGGGGUAUGAAACACUGAUGUAAGAAGGCCUUUGCUAUGUGCCUUUAUGUAUUUAUAUAAAUACUGUGAACACACAACAGAAGUGCCCUUCUUUUUUCGCUUUAGGAAAAUGCUACUUUCUGGACAUAUGAGCUUAAAGAAUUUUAAUCUUGUAUCUAAACUGUAUUGGCUUUUGCCACCACCAACAUAUUAGUUUCUUUCAUGCAUCA